AUUACACCUGUAGGGUUCACAAAGAAGGACCAUCAUCCAAACCAAUAACCCAACCCCACCUGAACAAACCCCAACCUCAAAAUAAAAAACCCUAACCCAUCUUUUCAUUUUGUUCAUCUUAUCUGUCACUAGCAGCGGCGCCUAUUCAACAUCGCAUCCACCAACAAAGAUUUAGUAAUGGGGAUCGAUUUAGUUGCAGGAGGUAAGAGCAAGAAGUCCAAGAGAACAGCUCCUAAAUCCGAUGAUAUUUACCUCAAACUUCUCGUCAAGCUUUACCGAUUCCUUGUACGAAGAACUGGGAGCAAAUUCAAUGCUGUGAUACUGAAACGCUUGUUUAUGAGCAAAGUUAACAAGCCUCCACUAUCUCUCUCUAGGCUUAUUCAGUUCAUGAAUGGAAAGGAGGAUAAGAUUGCUGUGGUAGUGGGCACAGUGACAGAUGAUAUAAGGGUUUAUGAAGUUCCAGCUUUGAAGGUUACUGCUCUUAGGUUUACUGAGACUGCUAGAGCUAGGAUUGAGAAGGCUGGUGGAGAAUGCUUGACCUUUGACCAACUUGCUUUGAGGGCUCCUUUGGGUCAGAACACGGUUCUCCUCAGAGGUCCAAAGAAUGCACGGGAAGCAGUUAAACACUUUGGUCCGGCUCCCGGUGUCCCUCACAGCCACACUAAGCCAUAUGUGCGCUCGAAGGGAAGGAAGUUUGAAAGAGCUAGAGGAAGGAGGAACAGCAAGGGAUUUAGGGUUUAAGAUGACUCAAGUAUUUGAUUCUGAGACCUGUCUGCUAUUUAUUACUGCAAACCAAAUUUUGCUAGACUUAAAAGGUUUCUCUGGCAGUUGUUUACUUGCUUAUGGUUUACAUAAUGCUCAUGGUUUUUUUAAUUACUGGUUUGAGAAUCAUUCUUUCUUAUGCUACAAAGUGGAGCGUGGUUAAGAAUUUUAAUUGAAUUAUGUACUACCAAACUAUGGAAUAAUCUUCUGGUUGAUAUUGGCGCUGGUAAUUGUCAAGCUAAACCCAUGACUGUAAAA